CCGGCUGAACCGAGCUGCUGUCUCCUCUGCGCCUCACUCAGUGAGGGGAGCGCUUCAGUCGCACAUCCAGCGCUCAGCACGCUUAUAUAUAUUUGAAUCAUUUUGAAGGACUGAACCGAAAACUUUGGAGGACCGUUUAUUAUUAUUAUAUAAAUAAUAUUAUAAAUAUUCACCGCAGGGCUGUUUUUACACUGGUUUCAAUCCUUAUGGUUUUUCCUGAUUUGAGGUGUUCUGUCAGUCAGCAAUGGUUGUACAGGCGGUGACCAUUUUCCAUCAUGAGGAACAAAGAAAGUCAUCCUGCUCGGAUCCUGCCCCUUCAUCCUGGGACCCAGCAGAUGACCUCCGCUGCAUCACCACCACCUUCCAGUAUCUGCAGACUUCUGGUUGGUACUGGGGUCCCAUCUCAGCAAGUAAAGCUCGGGAAGCUCUCCUCACAAAGUCUGAAGGCACAUUCCUGGUGCGGGACAGCAGCCAUCCUCAGUACAUGCUGGCUCUGUCAGUGAAGACUCGCUGUGGACCUACCAGCGUGCGUAUAGAGUACAGCAAGGGCUGUUUCUGGCUGGACUCUGUCUCCCCUGGCCUGCCUCAGCUGCAGUCCUUCCCAGAUGUUCUCAGCCUUGUACAGCACUACACCAGCUCAGGCCACGCAGCACACGACCAGACAUCUAGUGACAUUCACCCCCAAAUGGAACCUGACGCUUCCCAGCACGCAGCUAAAGAGAGCGGAGUACCCAUGAAGCUGAAGCACCCGCUUCACAAACUGGAGGUUUUCCCUUCUUUGCAGCACCUGACACGCCUCACCAUCAACAGGCACACUAACUGCCCCAACCAGCUGCCCCUCCCAAAGCCUCUGCUCUUCUACUUGCAGGACUAUCCUUUCUCUGUAUAAUACCUGCCCCUCAGCAACAGGACAGUCAGACUGGAAUAUGGUCGCGUCGUUGAGCCGAUUCUGUGAAUCGGGGACUCUUUGAUAUAUUUAUGUAGAAUAAACCACUCUUGACCUCA